AACCUUCAAUUUCUUCUUCAAAGCCAAAAGCUUUCACUCUCCCAACUCUCCCUUUGUUUACGCACAACACAAACAAAUUUGAACACUCUUUAACUUUUGGCUACAUAAUCAACUUUCAUUCAGGCCAAGUUCCAUGGUUGUUGCUUCUUGCUCUUCACCAUUCAGGUUAUUUCAAUCCCUUCGGCUGCUUCUGCUUGUGUUCCUUAGGGGAAAGCUUUGGCUUCUGCAUAACCAAAUUUACCCAGUCUAGUAUAUUUGGAAUUGGUAGUAUUAUGAAUUAGUACUUCCAAGUUUCAAGGAAGGAAUCCCUUUCUACUUCCUGUAAUAUCUUGCUGUGAGAACCGUAAAAAGGAAGAAGAAGAAGAAGGAGAAAAAUGGAGCACAAAUGGAACAGGGAGCAGCGGACACUGAUCAGUGAGCUGAUUCAAGGAAUGGAGUUAGCAAAACAGUUAAGGGUGCAUUUGGGUGCAGCAUCUUCUGUUGAAUCCGGGGACUUGUUAGUACAGAGGAUUUUGUCAUCCUAUGAGAAAGCUCUUCUGAUUUUGAAAUUGAGUGGGCCCAUGGGACAGCCACAACAGAAUGUAGGAGCAACAUCUGGUGUCUCAGAGUCUCCACUAUCCAUCAAUUGCAGCCCUCGGAGUGAUGAUUUAGAUAAGGAUAACCAGGAUAUCCGAGAUGUGUCAAAGAAGAGAAAAAUGUUGCCUAGAUGGACGGAUCAGGUGAGAGUCAGUUCUGAAAGCAUGCUGGAGGGACUUCAUGAUGAUCGCUACAGCUGGAGAAAAUAUGGGCAAAAAGAUAUCCUCGGAGCCAAAUAUCCUAGAAGCUAUUACAGAUGCACCUACCGUAACACCCAGAACUGCUGGGCUACAAAGCAAGUCCAGAGAUCAGAUGAAGAUCCCACCAUCUUUGAUGUCACUUACAGAGGAACUCACACAUGUGCCCAUGGCAACCAGGCAGUUCGACAACCAGCAUCACCAGAAAAACAAGAAUAUAAAUCAAACAACCUUAAUAAUAACAAUAACCAACAAUUGCAAUCACAAGAUAUCCUCUUAAAUUUUCGAAAAGGCCUAAAGGUCAAUACUGAGGGCUUAGACAAUAAAGAGAUGGCACCGUCCUUCUCUUUUCCUUCAACAACAUCAUUUGGGUGCCUUAAGAGCGAAAACAAUAGUUUUUCACCUUCGGGAGUACUUGAUAACAACAAUGUCUUUGGCAACUUUUCUUCGCCUUUCAUGUCUCCUGACACACCUGAAUUAAACUACUUUUCAGUUUCUCCUUCUCAGACGAACAACUUCGGAGGAUUUUUUAAUGCACAACAUUCUGAAUCUGAUCUCACGGAGUUGAUUUCAGCCAACACUUCGGCCACCAAUUCUCCAAUUAUGGACUUGGAUUUCUCACUUGAUCAAGUGGAGUUAGAUCCAAAUAUCCAAUUUGACACCCCAGGAUUUUUCUCCUAACUCUUUUUCACAACAUAAAUAAGUGUAAAGGUAGACGUUGAUUUCAGGUUCCUCUGGCCAGAUUAGCUGGUUGCAUCUGUUCAUCCUAGCUUUGUGUUGCACCUACAUGAGUCUCUUUCAAUUUAAUGUUGGUUGUAAGAAAUUCCCUGGGAUAACAGGUUUUGACAUUUGUUUUAAUCGCAGCUGCAAUAAUAUUGGUACGUAGAUGUUUACCAAAAAGAA